GAUCCGUUAGCGAGGAUCGGUAUAGAAAUUUUCUUUGCAAAAAUGUGCAGAAAUAGAUCCCAUUAUUAUAAUCCCAUUAUUAUACAUGCGUGAUUUUAUUACACUGUAAUCAGUAAGAUGUUAAUGUUUUGUCCGACUUGCGGUAAUGUAUUACGAGUAGAAGAAGCUCUGGGCGGACUACGUUUCGCUUGCAACACGUGUCCUUAUAUUUUUAAUAUAGCAAGAAGGUUAAGUAGUCGCACGUAUCCAAAGCUGAAGGAAGUAGACGACGUUUUAGGUGGAAGCGCGGCUUGGGAGAACGUGGACUCCACAGAGGAAAGGUGUCCGAAAUGUGCUCAUAACCGGGCGUACUUCAUGCAGAUACAAACACGAUCAGCGGAUGAGCCUAUGACAACAUUUUACAAAUGUUGCAAUGCUCAAUGUGGUCACAAUUGGCGCGAUUAAAGGUGCUGUUUAGCCCUAUGUACAUUGGAAAAAGUUAUAUAUCCAGCAUGGAGAGCUUAGGUCCAAUAGCAUUUAUUGCGGAAGGUGCUAGCGAGGAGUUGAAACAGUUGGAAUCCUCAUCCAAGCAUUGGAUAUGCAAAGGAAAAAGAAGUAUAUCGGUGGCUGUUAAAUUAAUUCGAGACGGUAAAGUCGUGGCACUUAGAACAGACACAGUAUAUGGUCUAGCUUGUUCUGCAC